UGGGGAUUUAUUUACCGCUACAUUGUGUUACGUAAAGUUAUCUUGAUUUGACCGCUUUUUGGAAAAACUUACGGGUUGUCGAGGUGAUACACUAAUCGCUUUGCGACGGUUUGACCUUUAAGUGCUCAGUAACCUUCAACAAUGGAUGAAGUCACUGGGUGGUUGCCAAAGUCAUCUGAUCGUGAGUCUAGGCUAAAAGCCAUUAAGUCGGCUAUCGGGAUUAUACCAGAUUUCCCAAAACAGGGCAUUAUUUUCUGGGACUUUUUUAGCGUUUUUAGAGACCCUGUUUUAACUCAAUAUCUUUUGGAUGAAUUAUAUUAUGUGGCUACAUCCGAGAUAGAGCGUAAAUUUGCAAAAAUUAACGUUAUUGUGGGUCUCGAGUCACGUGGUUUUCUACUUGGACCAGCACUUGCCCUUCGUCUGAACUGCUCUUUCGUCCCUAUUCGAAAAGCAGGAAAACUUCCAGGUCCUUGUUACUCUCAUCGAUAUACAUUGGAAUAUGGAACUGAUACCGUAGAAAUGCAAAAGGAUGUUAUCAAUUCUGGUGAUAAUGUAUUAUUAUUGGACGAUGUUUUAGCCACUGGUGGAAGUCUGGAAGCUUGUGUUAAUUUGGUAAACCUAUCUGGAGCUAAGGUUUUAUUCAGCUUGUUGUACAUGGAACUGAAGAAUCUGCCUGGACGUAAAAAACUAGAAGAUCUUGGCGUUCCUGUUUAUUCACUUUUCCAAGUUUGAACAUGCUGUCUUGUGUGGAAAUGCCCUAUUCUCUCAUACUUCGUUCCAUUUUUAUUACUUGACAUCAGUUAUUUUUCCUGCAUAUCUGAGAUACCGAAAUGCUUUUUAUAUAUUGAAUCAUAACGUGUUAUUUUUGGUUGUGGAAUGUAUCUCUUAAGCAAUUGAGUUCACUUCUGUAUGUAGAUGCUUAUCUUAACUAACUUCCCGAUUAUUUUGAUUUCAACUGUUCGGUGACUUUGCUUGUAUUAUCAAUGACCGUUAUUUAAGAAAAAGAAGACUUUUCAGCAAAGAAAGUUUUUUCGACGAUGUCAUUUCCUGAAGCUGUACUAUUGUCUUGAUGAGUGAUUUUUUAUGUGUACUAGUCUAUCGUAACAUAGAGGGGUUUUACAAUCUUAUCAAAAAUAGAUUUAUUUAAGUGGAGGUUAGUCACAAUAAAGUCCUUUUCAAUGAUAUAGUCGUCGAAAACCUUCAAGUAUUUCAAGUAAUAAUUUAUAAAUCGAAGGGUAUUAUUUUAAUGUAAUUAAAGUUUACAAGUAUUUUAUAAGGAAGGUUGCGUCAUCUAACA